CCAAUCACAGUCCCUAAACGUGAUGCACGCACACAGCUGUGCCUCUUCAUUGGUCCCCGGGAGCCAGACCAGGUCCUGAACAUAGUGUUUUGUUUAAAUUGCUGAGAUUUGUUAGGCUUUGUGUGUAGAUAAACUGAAUAGGCAACUUGUUGAGAGAAAAGGAACAGCACACACCGUGCCGAUAAACUCAAAUAGCAAGAUAUCACAAAACUUACUAUCGCCUACUGAUUUGGUUGUGAGACUCUUAGCUCCUCUUUGAAAAUGUACGAGCACAGCAUACCAAAGAUUUUGCUCAUUUUCUUCGCUCUUGCUGUAUAUAUACUCAUGGUGGCAUUUAAUGCAGGAGCUGGGUCUGGAUUAAUGAAAGGCAUUUUUCUAAAAUCGGUUGGAAAUCUCUCGGCAAAAUACAACACAGAUUUUACACCUGCUGGAUGGACAUUUAUGAUCUGGAAUGUCAUAUUUGCUUGGCAGUUUCUUUGGUUUGGUUAUGUUCUUUCUGGAAUAUGUAGAAGGAGUGAACUUGGGUGGUUGUAUUUAAAACCAAAUGUUUUUCCAGCUUCUUUCUACAUCGUAUGGAUUCUGAAUAAUGUUCUUAAUAUAGGAUGGCUAUUCCUUUGGGACAGAGAGUUUUUAAUUCCUGCUUUGGUGUUCCUAGGUGCUAUUGCCAGCACCAACUACAUAGUCCUCAUAAUAUCGUAUCGCUCUUUAUUUCUUAAUGGUGAAUGGUUCCAAAAGACACACAAAGUGGACUUGUGGCUCAUUCGAAUUCUGGCCCAGAAUGGAAUUGCUGUGUAUGCUACUUGGACCACAGUAGCAAGUUUAUUAAACUUUGCUGUAGUCCUGACUUAUAAUGGCAACUUUCCCAACAGCACCUCUACUACUGUAUCACUGUCCAUACUGGCCUUUGAGGUUCUGUUAUGGUUUGGUUUGGAAAACUUUGUAUUUGAUAAGUAUGUGCGCUACACAAUAACAGUGUACCCUGUUGUUAUUGUGGCUCUCUCUGGUGCUCUGAACAAGAACUACAACGUUCAUGCUGCCUCCUAUAAUGAUAUUUAUAUAGCUGUGCUGUUAGCCGUGGCUUGCGCAUUGUUUGUCGCACGUCUGGGUUUGGUCAUUUGGAGACACUUUAGAAGGCCACUUUAUGAAUCUUCUAUGUCAAAAAAGACAUCUCAGAUUGUUUGAGAAGUACGGACUUCAGAGUUACACAUCAUGUUGCAGACUUCCUUUUAUGUGUACAAACAUAGACUAUAAUAGUAAUCAAUUUUGACGAGCAUUUGCCUUCUACACAGAAAAAAACUUGAAUUUAUUCUGCUUUCUUCCUUCCUUCCUUUAUUUUUGCAAAUUGAUUGCAAGGAAACAAGCGUUUUUCAUAUGAAUGUAAAAUCACGCACUCUGCAGCAAAGAAGAUAAAAUGCAAUUUAUCCAUGUGAAGGGUCAUCCAUUCCAUUUGCUGACCUCAGAAUUACAUCAUGGAAAAUUUAAAGGGACAUAAUGGGUUGACAUUAGACUUUGUUUAGCCUUAAUAAAGUGUCUGUUACCUUUACCAUGCAAUAGACUGAUCUUGGCCUGGCCAGUUUGCUUUAAGUGUGUAAAUAUCUCAUAUCUAUGUUGCACAUUGUACAGUUUACUUCUAGGAUCCAAUUUAGUUAAUUCUCAUAGUAUCCUUUGUUGAAAAGUAGUAAUUUGGCUCAGCAGUGUGCACUAUAUGGCAACAAUGCUUUCAACAAUAUUGCUCAUUGUGCCAACACUGGUGCCAUCUAGUACUUAAAAGCAUUCUUGCACAACCGCUGACGAAUAAUUCUCCAGAUACGUGCACGCUACCUACCUGGGUAUUCUCUUCAACAGAGAAUAAAGUAAAUUGGAAGGUUUAAAUUGUACUCUCGAUCAUGAAAAACAAUUGGCUUCAUGUCCCUUUUUAAGUUGUAUUUUUGUCAUGUCAUUAUUAUUUAUUAUCAAUUAUUUGUAAAGCACUAAAAUAUUCUGCAGCACUAGCCAUUCCUAAUGUACAAUUUCUAAACAAUACUAUUUUUUAUUUUUGUAGAAACUUAUUAAAUGAAGAAAAUAUGUUCUCUAUUUGUAUGUAUUUGAUUAAACAUGAAUAAUAAUAAAAAUGUAUCCCUAUAAAUAAA